AUCGCACUGUCCGGGGCAUGGCCGCCUCUCGCCGGCGCUCUGCGAUUUCUUAUUUCCCGGGUCUCCACUCGCGGUGGCGGCGGCUUUUCCCGCUGGUAGCUUGAUGGGUGACUGCGGAGCAGAAGAAGAGGACCCGGAGCAGGUGGGCAGAAGAACCGGCUCGGGGCUGCCUGGGAGGCAUACUUUUACCUGGGACCUUUUAUUUAUGAUGUCCAUAUUGUGAAUCAGAGUUUUGUUCAUCACUGUGUAUACAAACGCCAGCAAAAUGAGUGUCAAAGCGAAAGGUUUCCCUUUGGACCUAGGGGGAAGCUUUACUGAAGAUGCACCUAGGCCACCAGUUCCUGGCGAGGAAGGAGAACUGAUUACAACAGAUCAAAGACCCUUCAGCCAUACUUACUACUCUCUGAAAAAUGAUGGGAUCAAAAACGAAACCUCAACAGCCACCCCUAGGAGACCAGACCUAGACUUGGGCUACGAGCCCGAAGGUAGCGCUUCCCCGACUCCUCCAUAUUUAAAAUGGGCUGAGUCGUUGCACUCGCUGUUGGACGAUCAGGAUGGAAUUAACUUGUUCAGGAAUUUUUUGCAGCAAGAAAACUGUGUGGACCUGCUGGACUUCUGGUUUGCGUGCAGCGGUUUUCGGAAGCUGGAACCUAAUGAUUCGAAGGUGGAGAAGAGACUAAAGCUGGCAAAAGCCAUUUAUAAAAAAUACGUUCUCGACAGCAACGGCAUUGUGUCACGGCAGAUCAAACCAGCGACCAAAAGCUUCAUAAAAGAUUGCGUCUUGCGGCAACAGAUAGACGCGGCCAUGUUUGACCAGGCCCAAAUGGAAAUCCAGUCAAUGAUGGAGGACAAUACAUAUCCUGUGUUCCUUAAAUCCGAUAUAUAUUUGGAAUAUACAACUAUUGGUGGGGAAAGUCCCAAAAAUUACAGUGAUCAGAGCUCAGGAUCUGGGACAGGGAAAGGGCCUUCUGGAUAUUUACCUACGCUAAAUGAAGAUGAGGAAUGGAGGUGUGACCAAGGAGGGGAACAAGAAAGGGAAUCCGUUCCCUCCAGUUUAUUUUCCCAGAAGCUCAUUUUAGACAGUUCGUCCCAUUGUGCAGGGUCCAAUAGAAGAUUAAGUGACGGCAGAGAAUUCAGGCCGGGCACAUGGAGAGAGCCUGUUAACCCUUACUAUGUCAACACUGGGUAUACUGGGGCCCCCGUCACCAGUGCUAAUGACAGCGAGCAACAGAGUAUGUCCAGCGAUGCAGAUACUAUGUCAUUAACUGACAGCAGCGUAGAUGGGAUCCCACCGUACAGACUCCGAAAACACUAUCGCAGAGAAAUGCAAGAAAGUGCCAACGCAAAUGGUCGUGGGCCGCUACCUCACAUUCCUCGUACAUAUCACAUGCCAAAGGAUAUUCACGUCGAUCCAGAGAAAUUUGCUGCUGAGCUUAUAAAUCGCUUGGAGGGGGUCCUGAGAGACCGUGAAGCAGAACAGAGACUUGAAGAGCGGCUUAAACGCGUCCGAGCCGAAGAAGAAGGAGAUGAUGGGGAUGUCUCCUCUGGACCUUCAAUUAUUAGCCACAAGUUGCCUUCUGGCCCGCCGAUGCAUCACUAUAAUUCGCGCUAUUCUGACUCGGGAUGCGUCGGGAUGCAAAUCCGAGACGCCCACGAGGAAAAUCCGGAAUCUAUUCUCGAUGAACAUGUGCAGCGGGUCAUGAAAACCCCGGGAUGCCAGUCCCCUGGUACUGGACGUCAUUCCCCAAAACCCCGCUCCCCAGACGGCCAUUUAAGCAAGACCCUUCCUGGGUCUCUGGGAACAAUGCAAACAGGACAUGGAAAGCAUUCGUCCAAGUCCGGAUCGAAAGUAGACUCUGGUAAUCUGCAUCAUCACAAGCACGUCUACCACCACCUCCAUCAUCACGGCGGAGUAAAACCAAAAGAGCAGAUAGAGGCAGAAGUAACGCAACGAGUGCAGACCAACUACCCUUGGAAUGCAGAGUCUCAUAACUAUGCAACUAAAUCACGCAAUUAUGCAGAGAGCAUGGGUAUGGCCCCCAAUCCUAUGGAUUCUUUGGCUUACAGUGGCAAAGUCAGCAUGCUUUCAAAAAGGAACGCUAAAAAGGCAGAUGUAGGGAAGAGUGAGAGUGCAAGCUAUGAGGUGCCGGCCGUCCCAGAGGAUGCGGAGAGACACCAGAAGAUCUUGCAGUGGAUAAUGGAGGGAGAGAAGGAAAUAAGCAGACACAAGAAAAGUAACCACAGCUCAUCUAGUGCCAAGAAGCAGCCGCCUCCUGAAUUGUCCAGACCACUUUCUAUUGAGCGUCCCGGUGCAGUUCAUCCUUGGGUCAGCGCUCAGCUCCGUAACGUGGUACAGCCUUCCCAUCCCUUCAUCCAAGAUCCCACCAUGCCCCCCAAUCCUGCCCCUAAUCCUCUCACACAGCUGGAAGAAGCCAGGAGACGUCUUGAGGAAGAGGAGAAAAGAGCUGCGAAGAUGCCCCAGAAACAAAGGUAUGUUCAAGAGGUUAUCCAGCGGGGCCGCUGCUCGGUCAGGCCAGCUUAUAUUCCACUGCUGAAUGUGGUGCCGGCUGUCUCCGACAUGGACCUCUCAGAGGCAGAGUUGAAGCCGCAGAAAAAGACUGUGAGUUCACCGUCCCAGCCGUGUGAAAACAUCGUAGUGGCCUAUUACUUCUGUGGAGAACCCAUCCCGUACCGGACCAUGGUUAAAGGGCGCGUGGUAACCCUGGGACAGUUCAAGGAGCUGCUCACCAAGAAAGGAAACUAUAGGUAUUACUUUAAGAAAGUAAGCGAUGAAUUUGAUUGCGGAGUGGUAUUCGAAGAGGUGCGAGAGGACGACAUGAUUCUGCCCAUUUACGAGGAGAAGAUUAUUGGGAAAGUUGAAAAGAUCGAUUAACGCGGACCCCUUGCACUUGGCAACAAGAGUCAACACAAGAUGGAAGGGCUACGGUCAAUCGGCAUGUGGGCAAACUUGUCCCUCAGCCUGGGAGUGAAGCUGUCUUGGCCCAGACGUUUGCAGCAUAUUCAUACAUCUCCUACCAAACUGCCAGCUCAUCUUCCCUCUUGAGAAUGUGCCAGUUUGGAUCCAGCGUCCUGCUGCCCUCAUCAAUAUAGCUGGCGUAAUGUAGGUGUGUACAGUUAGAGGUGGCCACGGAACCUUGUCUAUGACAGUUGCAACUUUUUGAUACGUAAUCAUAAAGGGGAAGCAAUUUCCAAUGUCCGUGCUUUUACGUACGCUGCGGUGCUGAGCUCACCGGAACCAGUCCAACUGUACUGUCUGUAACAAGGGCAGAUUUAUCAAGGGUUUUUAUGGUCAAAACUGUCAAAUUCGACUAGGAAGUUGUUGAAAUUCGAUUCUAGUUUUUCAAAAACUUCUAAGAUUUUAUAGAUUUAUCAUACUCUGGCCCUUUAAAGGGGUGGUUCGCCUUUAAGGAAACUUUUAGUAUGUUAUAGAAUGGCCAAUUCUAAUACAUUUUUCAAUUUAUUUUUUAAUAGUUUUAGAGUUAUUUGCCUUUUUCUUCUGACACUUUGCUGCUAAAAAACAAAUGCUCUGUAAGGCAACAAAUGUAUUGUUGUUGCUACUUUUUAUUACUCAUCUUUCUAUUCAGGCCUCUACUGAUCAUAUUCCAGUCUCUUAUUCAAAUCGGUGCAUGGUUGCUAGGGGAAUUUGGACCCUAGCAACCAAAUUGUUGAAAUUGCUAACUGGAGAGCUGCUGAAUAAAAAGCUAAAUAACUCAGAUAAUAAAAACCACAAAUAAUAAACCAAUAAAACCAA